AUGGACUCCUCAGAGUUCUCCGAAAAGCAAAAUCAACGCCAAGAGGCAGAAACCCUUCGAGCUGUUGCUUUCUUUGGUGUUUGUCUUUCUACAGUGGCAACACUGAUAUGUGUGAUUACAGUCCCACUUGCUUACCAACAUUUCCAACAAGUUGGAACCCAAAUGCAGAAUGAAGUUGACUUUUGUAAACUCCGUUCUGGAAACAUUUGGCGUGAAGUAACCCGCACUCAAGUGCUUUCUGAUGUCCAUGGAGUUGGUAUUAUACGUGAACCUCGUGCAGCACCAACAAUGAAGACUGGAUCAACUAAAAAGACAACAGGAAAGCGUUCAAGUAACAGCAAGGCGUUGGCAGCAAAACCUGUACGUCGUCAAGCUUAUGGUGGUGGUGGAGGUACAAGCUUAGGAGUCACAAGCAGUUCUAGUGGAGGAGGCGGUGGUGGAGGAUGCUGCGGUUGUGGACAAUCACCACCUGGACCCCCAGGACCACCUGGUCCACCUGGACCUCCUGGAGGUGAUGGAACACCCGGAGGAAACGGACCUCCAGGCCCUGAUGCUGAAGCACCUCCAGCAGCAGAAAGUUAUGGAGGAGGUUGCACACCAGAAUGCGAAGCUGCUCAACCAGGAGGCCCUGGACCAGCUGGCUCACCUGGUCCCGCUGGACAGCCUGGACCUCCUGGACCUUCUGCACCAGCAAGCCCUGGACCACCUGGUCCCCCUGGACCACCAGGACCCGAUGGACAACCCGGAGGACCUGGAAACGAAGGACCACCCGGACCACCUGGACAACUUACAGAAGGACCAGGUUCAACUGGCCCACCCGGCCCACCUGGACCCGAUGGACAGCCUGGAGGACCUGGAGAAGCUGGAGCACCUGGAGGACCCGGAAAUCCUGGCGGGCAAGGUCCUCCUGGAGACCAAGGACCCCCCGGCGGACCUGGAGCACCAGGAAACCCUGGAACAGAUGGAGGAAAAGGAAACGAUGGAGGACAUGGAGAGUGCAGUCAUUGUCCACCCCCAAGAACUGCGCCAGGAUAUUAA